AUGCUUCCUGAGUAUGAGAUUCGAUCGAGUUUUAGUAAAAGUGUAUCAUUAGCAUUGGAUAAAUCCACAAACAAGUAUGUGGCAUUAAAGAAAAUUGCUGUGGACAAGUAUAAUGAUGAAAACUUUAAGAAAAUAUGUGAAGAAGUUAAAAUAAUUAAGGAUUUACAGCAUGAAAACGUAGUCCAAAUUUGUGCAGUAUUUGUUAAAGAUCUAGAAGUCCAUACAGUAUAUCCAUUCUUUUGUUUUGGAUCAGCUAAAGAAGCUAUAAAGAAUUUCUUCUCGAGUGGUUUUCCAGAGAUAAUCUGUGCCUUAAUUUUAAAGGAUCUCUUAUUAGCUGUAGAAUAUCUUCAUUCUCGAGGAAUUAUUCACAGAGGAAUUCGUGCAUCUCAUAUUCUCCUUAAUCAGAAGCGUGCUGUACUUAGUGGAUUUCGCGAUGCUACUUCUCUUAUACAAAAUGGUGAAAGAAUAAAAAUCCUAUAUACUUUACCACUUCAUUCGGCAAAAUCAAUUAAUUGGUUUGCACCAGAAUUGCUUGAACAAAAUCUUUAUGGAUAUAGUGAGAAGAGUGAUGUCUAUAGUAUUGGAAUUACAGUAUGUGAGCUUGCAAAUGGAAUUGCUCCGUUUGGUGAUCUUCCUACAACUUUAAUGCUGACCGAGAAAAUUCGAGGCAAUCAACCAUCAUUAUUAGAUUCAUCUACUUUUCCCUCAGAAGAAAUCAUCUUUCAAGCAAUGGAUUCAGGCAUUGGAAUCGGUGAAGCAUGGGCUGCUGACAAUACAAGACAAGUGUACUCUAAACGACUGCUGUCUGAUCCUUUUCAUAAAUUUGCUGAGGAAUGCAUGGCAAGAAAUCCAGAAAAUCGACCAAGUGUCAAUCAAUUGUUGACUCAGCAUUUAUUUUUCAAGCAAUGCAGGAAUACGAAUUUAGAAGAUCAAUUAAAGCAAAUUUUGCAGCCAGUUGAUCUAAACAAAUUGAGCCUUGAGAAUAUCGCUCAAAAAAACAUCGGUGACAGUGAUAAUGACUUAAUAAGAGACAUUGCAUCUCUUAACAUUCAAGCAAAUGCGGAAUGGGAUUUUUAA